UAUUAAGUAACGAGAUGUAAACAUUUUGAACUGUGAUAAGAAUCAGCACAAUUCAGAUAAAUUAAUGUGUAGAGUCAUUUUUGAUGUUGUAAAUGUGUUGUAAAUAUUGCGUCAGCCUGCCGUCUCGUGUCCGCGUUUGCUAUUCGCUUCAUCGCCUGUCGCUAGUCAGUCUGUGGCCGCCCGCGCUGAUGCCAGACGUGAUACGGUACACUGGCACUUGUUUAUAACAUCACACGUGCUCGGCCUUGAACUUACAACAUGAAGCCCAUUUCAUUAACAGUUAUAUUAUCCUUAAUUUUAUUAAUAGACUAUUCCACCUGCCUUAAUAUACUUGGGAUAUUUCCUUACCAAGGCAAAAGCCAUUUUUUUGUGUUUCGUGUUUAUUUGCGUGAACUAGCGAGGAGAGGUCACGAUGUUACUGUGAUUUCACAUUUCCCCGAAAGCGAUGCCCCCAAAAACUAUCACGAUGUUAGUCUAGCUGGAAGUGCGGAACCUAUAGAAGGUGAUGUCCCUAUUGUGAAUUCAUACAUCACCUUGCUUGGGGUUAGCCUUUUCCUAACGACUAGUGGUAUAGAUAACUGUCAGAUUAUGCUGGCAAAUAAACAAGUGCAAAGUUUAAUCAGAGAAAAACCCAAGUUCGAUGUGAUUGUUGUAGAACAGUUUAACAGUGACUGUGCCCUUGGUAUUGCUUAUAAGUUACAAGCUCCUGUUGUUGGCAUUAUGUCUCACGUUAUGAUGCCCUGGCACUACGAACGGUUAGGGGUUCCAUACAAUCCAUCUUAUGUGCCUUUCCAUUUCCUUGGCGGAGGAACGAAACCUACCUUAUACGAAAGAGUAGAGAGGACUGUGUUUGACUUCUAUUUUAGAAAUCUUUACAAUUACUAUACUCAAAGAAAUAAUCAGAACACCCUCGCUAAAUAUUUCGAUGAUGUUCCACCACUAGAAGACUUAGCUAGGGACAUCAAGUUCCUUCUAUUAUAUCAUAACUUUAUUUACACUGGGUCGAGACUGUUCCCGUCAAAUGUGAUUGAAGUUGGUGGGUUUCAUGUGGUAGAAGCCAAACCAUUACAAGGCGAUCUGAAAAAGUUCGUUGAUGAGGCUGAACAUGGCAUUGUAUACAUCAGCUUCGGUUCAGUAGUAAAGCCAUCCACUAUGCCUGCUGAGAAGGUUAGAGCAGUUCUCAAUGUUAUGAAGCAACUACCACAAAGGUUCAUCUGGAAAUGGGACGACAAGACAUUGAUGAUGGACAAAAAUAAACUUUACACGAGCGAUUGGUUACCCCAAGUCGAUAUCUUAGCUCAUCCAAAAACUUUGGCAUUUAUGUCUCAUGCUGGAAACGGCGGCACUACGGAAGCGAUACACUAUGGAGUGCCAGUCAUAGCCAUGCCAGUAGUAGGUGACCAGCCCUCUAACGCAGCGGCCAUCGAGGAAAGCGGACUUGGAAUACAACUACAGGUUAAAGAUCUGACUGAAGAUAACUUAUUAAAGGCUUUUAAAACCGUUCUGGAUCCCAAGUUUCUUCAUAGAGUAAAGAAGGUAUCAGAAGCUUGGCAUGAUCGUCCAAUGUCGCCUAUCGACACAGCCGUGUAUUGGACAGAAUUCGCCGCCAGACAUUCUAAUUUCACAUUCAGGACUGCAGCAGCUGACGUACCCUUUUACCAAUACAUCAUGCUUGAUGUCAUGGCAGUCUUAAUCUUAUUAUUUAGUGUAAUAGCCGUUCUAUUCAGAACUGUUCUGAAGAUUUGCACUAAAUCGAGCAAUAAGAACCCAAAGGAGGUUCGGACGUCUAAGAAAAAGGCAAAACGUGCUUAGGUUUAGAACAAUGAUGAGACUAAGUGCCUUUAAGUCAUUUAUAGCCCCAGCUUUAGCUAGAUGUAUGGUAGUUAGCUUAUAAGACUAGGUUAAUGGCUCUCUUUGUAUAAUAUCGAAUUUUAGUGUGAAAGUUGCAAGGAUUAAUUGAAGGGAAGGGAUAUGCUACAUGAUACGAUUUGUGUUGUAUAUAAUUAACAGUAAACUAACCAUAAAAACUAGAUAUUAAAAUGAGUGUGUUCAUAAAAUAUGUGCGAUGUGUGUUAAGUUUUUUUUAUCUAUUAUUUUAAAUACAUUUUGUUACACUAA